AUGGAAUCCCAGGACGCGCUCCGGGACUCGGAUCCAGCUUCUAAAAACCACGGCGUGAGCCCUCAUCUGCAACCGCAACAGCCACAGCCAAACCCCUCGUCCUCCUUGACUCUCGAUCCCUCUUACGCGAAUCCGACCUCCGGAGCCGAUUCCUAUACCUACCACUCCGCCUAUCUCUCCGCGCCCCCCGGGGCGCAAACCUUCGCCCCGCCCGAUCAGUCCUAUUCCCAAUCGCUCUCCUUCGACCCCAGUCUGGUCGACCAGUCCGCCGGCAUGGCGGCGCAGCACCAACAGCACCAUCACCAUCACCACCAACAGCAACAACAGCCCUCCGAGGAAAACUUCUCCACCCUGUUGAACUCGAAUCCGUCCGACUUUGACUUCGUUUAUCAGAACCACUCCCCCAACAGUGUCGCCUCCCCGGAUUACGAUUCGUCCUUGAUGCUCGACCCCCAGAUGCAUGCGCAGUCCCACCAGCUCAAUCACGCCGUCAACCCGGCCGACCUCGUCAGUCAAAUCCCGUCCCCGCAUUCAGGGGCCUCGCCGCAAGACCAGCAGCAUUCGCCGAGUCCGAUGUCCCCGCCCAGCUCAACUCCAGGGACCUACUACACCCCGCAACACUCCCGCCAUACUUCCUUGGACCCCGCCACGGCCGCUUAUAUGACGGGAAACACCCCCGACUGGCAGGCUGUCAUGAACAAUGCCGCCUUCCAAGGCCAUCGACGUGCGCCCUCCGAAGUCUCCGAGGUGUCCUCCGCCGCCCAUUCCCCCUACCUGUCGCAACACGAGUCCUUUGAUGGUGUCGAUAACAAUCCCUCUCCGCUCCUGGCCCCGCAGAAUGACCCUACCUUGUUCGAUAAUGCGCUGGGGAUCGAGUCCUUCACGCUCUCGGAUCCGCACCAGCAAGGGCUAAGCCCGGCCCACAGCCCGUACAUCUCCCCGCAGCUCAUGCCGCAACAAGGAGGGGAGAUGGUUCCAAAUAUGCCUUAUGUGUCCGCCCCGGCGACGAACCAGUAUCCCACUCCUCCAACGAACGAUAUGUACGGCACGGGUGCCGAAGGCCUCAAUGUGACUGCGCCGAAUGCCAUGGCUGGAGAUAUUGGACAAGCCUCUCAGAUGGCACCGCCCUCCAUCAAUGUGGAAUUUGCUCCUCCAGCCCGAGACCUGAACUAUCCGCAAACCAAACCCACAGCUGAUUUGGACUCUCUCAGCCCCCCUCCCAUGCGCUCCCGUGUGCGUAGCAAGUCCGACCCUUACGCCCAUCCUGCCUCACGCUCGCGCACGCCAGCUUCCACCUCGAGCAGUUUGGAGCCGCUGGCACCUUCAUCUCCUCGGUCGCUGUCCCCCUUCGACAGCAUGGGCCGACAGCCGCACAGCAACCCGAGCUCGCGGGAGCCCUCGCCCUCGCGGUCCAAUCGUCGCCUGUCGACUUCGUCGAUCGAUAGUCGCAACUACAUUCUGGGACUUGCCGAUCCGGGCCGCCCAGGAGCGAAUCCCAAUGAUUCCAAGCGCGUGCAGAAACAUCCAGCCACCUUCCAAUGCCAUCUCUGUCCCAAGCGCUUCACGCGGGCCUACAACCUGCGGUCGCACCUGCGGACGCACACGGACGAACGGCCAUUCGUCUGUACGGUGUGCGGGAAGGCCUUUGCCCGCCAGCACGACCGGAAACGCCACGAGGGUCUCCAUUCGGGCGAGAAGAAGUUUGUCUGCCGCGGCGACCUCGCGCGGGGUGGACAGUGGGGCUGCGGUCGCCGCUUUGCUCGCGCCGAUGCCUUGGGGCGCCACUUCCGGUCCGAAGCUGGUCGGAUCUGCAUCAAGCCGUUACUUGAUGAAGAGUCGCAAGAGCGCGAACGCACGUUGAUGGAUCAGCAACAGCAACAGCACUUGCAGCCGAUCCCACCCCCGCUCAUGGUUCCCAACAUGGACGGCCAGCAUGCGGGUAGUUUUGUUCUCCCCGCCGCCUUGUUGGCGCAAUAUCCUGCCCUUCAGACCCUCCAGUGGGAUCAGAUCCCAGCGACGGCCGAUGACCCUAGUGACAUGGGCGGCCGGAGCAGUUUUGACGCCAGUUCUGGCGGCGAAUUCGGGUUCGACGAUGAUGAUUCCGCGCUCAGCAGUGUCUCGGGGCUGAGCGGGGGCUAUCCUAGCCCCCAAGACAACCUCUACGGGGUCAAUAACCAAGGACAGAUGUUGGGAUGA